AUGGAUGAACCGAAGAGAGAACUUGAAAAUGACUCCUUGGCUCAAGGUCCUUUGACAAGUUCUUCGCCCUCCGACCUGUUCCUGCACCCCGUGGACUUCAUUGAACCCUGGAACUUCCACCUUCUUUCUGCCUUGAUGUUCUUGGUAACGGUCCUGUCUCUGACUGAAAAUUUUUUUGUCAUGCUGGUGACUCUGAAAUUCAAACAGCUGAGGCAGCCUGUCAACUAUGUCAUAGUAAACCUGUCUGUGGCUGAUUUCCUUGUCUCAUUGAUUGGGGGCACGAUCAGCUUUUCAACUAACCUGAAGGGUUAUUUCUAUAUGGGCCACUGGGCAUGUGUGCUGGAAGGAUUUACAGUCACUUUUUUCGGAAUUGUUGCUCUCUGGUCCCUUGCUCUGCUUGCCUUUGAGCGAUACAUUGUGAUUUGCCGCCCUGUGGGAAACAUGCACCUCAUGGGAAAGCAUGCAGCUCUGGGCAUUGCUUUUGUGUGGGUUUUCUCCUUUAUCUGGACCAUUCCUCCUACGAUGGGCUGGAGCAGCUACACCACCAGCAAGAUUGGCACUACGUGUGAACCGAACUGGUAUUCUGGAGACUACAGUGAUCGUACUUUCAUUAUUACAUUCUUCACCACUUGCUUCAUACUGCCCUUAUUGGUGAUUUUGGUAUCCUAUGGAAAAUUGAUGCGGAAACUUAGAAAGGUUUCACAUACUCAAGGCAGAUUAGGCUCCACAAGGAAGCCAGAAAGACAAGUCACUCGAAUGGUUGUUGUUAUGAUCCUUGCAUUUUUAAUAUGCUGGUCUCCAUAUGCAACUUUUUCUAUCCUGGUUACUGCCUGUCCUUCUAUUGAACUGGAUCCUCGUCUUGCUGCAAUCCCAGCUUUCUUCUCAAAGACAGCUACAGUUUACAAUCCAGUUAUCUAUGUCUUUAUGAACAAACAGUUCCGGAAGUGUCUAAUCCAGAUGUUCCGAUGCAGUAACCAAGAUGUUGUAGACUCCAAUGUGAAUCCAGCUUCUGAGAGGGCAACACUAACCCACAACAAAAACUGUGGAGAGAUGUGCAUAGUAGCAGCACAUGUUGCUGUCUUCAAUCAGAGAAGUGAAAAUGAACACAGCAGCUCCCCUUCUUUUGCCCAGCUAACCGUUUCAGAAAACAAAGUCCGCCCAGUGUGAAAACAGCUUUUCAAGAGGUUGAUAGAGCUCCAAACCAUUUCGUCGUUUACCAUUAUUUGUACAACAUGGCAGCCAACAAGAAUGCCAAGGCCAAAUACAGAAAAUACUCCGCCAAUUGUUAUAAUUAUGUAUUCUCUAUAUCCAUUCAGUGUUCAUCAUCAAGCGUUUAUAAUAAGCAUGCUUUGGCAUUAA